AGGAACGAAGGGGCAAAAAAAACAAGAGCAGGUCCGUACAAUCGGAUACCGAGCGCGGCCGGCGGUUCGCCCCCCUUCCCAAAUCCCGGCGAGGGCGGUCGGACGGAGAGGAGAUGCGGGCCCGCACGGCGGACCACCUCGAGGCGCUCUCCCUCGAGAUCGAGCGCAAGCUGCACAAGGCUCUGAAUUCCAACUCACAGCGCCUCAAGCUGCUGCAGCAGCUGUUCGCCGAUAUCGCGCUCAAGAUCGACGACCGCGCUCGAGAUAAGAUUUUAAGCACCAAUAAUGAGGGAAUCGCUCCAGUAGAUGAACGCGAAGACAGCCAUUUGUGUUUCUAUGAGAUUCUUGCAAAUCACUAUGUGAAAGUCCCUCAAAGUGGGAGGCGUAUACUUGAGUUGAUAGUGCAACUCUGGAGCCAAUCCUUUGCAGCCAACAUAUUUGCGCUUCUUUUUCACAGAUGGUUGUUUGAAGUCUCUCUUGAGGGGAAAGAGGUAUCACUAAGAUACAGCUCUGCUCUUGUCCAAGGAGCUACUAACGUUUUUUGGAUUGACAUUCAAACCAAUACAAGGUACUUCCUCCCAUUGUAUCAUUAUCUCCUUGAAGAAGUGGCUUUAGUUCCAGAUCAACUCAUUAAGAUAUCACCACAGGCUGGUAGAAAUUUAUUCUGCCUCCUCUCCAGAUUCAUGCUGUUCUAUGAUCAGGAUCACUUGCUUACAAGUUUUCUUGGGCAUUUCCCUGCUUUUCCAAAUUCUUUCUUGGUUGGUGGAGCUGCAGAUUACUUUGUGAUUGAACUCACCGAUCAGCUCCAGAAGCUAAAAGUGGAGCCAGUACUGCUGCACUACCUUUCCCGCAUGACCAUCCUUCAAGGCUGGGAGUUGAGGAUGAGUACAAGCACCAGGCUAAAGUCAUGCCUGUAUAGCUUCACAUCUCCUGGAGGCCCUGCCUAUCCAACAAGAGCCGUCCGGCAUGCAGCCUGGAAUACGUUGGAUUUACUUUUUCCUGUGGGUCGCUAUCCGAGGCACGUGAUAAGUCUGUUCUUUCGGCUGCUCUAUCCAUGGUAUUGGCCUUCCUCUUGCUGGAACUUCGUCAUGACCUGCGUGAGCACCAUCUACUACUACAUCUUGAAUCUCCUCGUCUCGAUCUGGGAGAACAUGAGGAGGCGCGACCAUCAAAGGAUGCACAGAGAAUGAAGAAAUCGCGACCAGGCCUAAACCGAGGCUACAAUGUUGUGUUGUUGUUCCUUCUGUUUUACCUUUAGGAUGGUUAGCUUCAUGUGUGUGCGCAUGAAAUUUGUUGUAUAAAUCCAAGUGUCUGUUGUGUUUGUUAUACAUGGACAGAGGAUGUGGUGUGGGGCAGAGUUGUGCAGUGAGAGAGGGAAGGAAGGGGCAGUUUUUAUGCUCACCAGUCUGAAGCUGUAAUUUGUAUACAACAUUCAGCAGCUUCUCCAAAUGCCAUCAAAGGUUUAUAUGCUCUAA